AUGGACGGCGAAAAGGAAAACGUGAUUGCAUUUCUGAAAAAGUAUCCGGAUGUGCUGGAAGAAUUCAUCGUUUCGAAGGAGAUUUCGAACGAAACGUUCGAGAGAUGGGCGGUGCGACGGACGAUGAAAUUCAAAAAGGCCAAGAAGAACAGUUUGGGCGCUGCGGGCGCGGCUUGGACCGUACGUUUUUUUCACAUUUUUUCCCGUAUUCUCCAAAUGAUUUGCGUUUUUUUGAGCGCUCGCGGGGGUCUGUGCGAUUUUUUUGAAAUUAGUUAUCAUUUUUCAAAGUUGAAGUAGACACGCGGUGUUGAUGAACACGACAUUGCUGCAUUGCGAAAAAACGUUUAAAUGGCCAGAGAAGCCAGCUAGAGUUGAUGUGUCAGUCUGACUUAAUCGCCUCCUUUUGUCUUCUUCUGUCCGAGUGCCAACGCUCACAGAGAAUCAGGGCAGGGAAGAGUUUUCACACACGAUGUUUCUGGGCAACUACGCGUUGUUUCGUUUUUAGGCAUUUCUGAGAAUUGGGACACGGACACUGAAUAUGAUGACAAAUUAUAUAUUUGAUGCAAAUUUAAUGCAAAUUGUGUUUCAAGUAUUAUAUUUAUUUGAAAAGAAGCUCUGAAAAAUGAUUAUAGUUCGAGAUAGUUAUAAAUAUAUUCUAAAAUUCGGUUUUGCAGGAAAUGGAUUUGUCAAUGAAACGACGCGUGAUAUUGGAAACUUCCGACAAUCGGGUGAGUGCAGAGAAAAAAGGAAAUUGGACGAAAUAGGCUUCGAUUCGAGAAAUGAGUGAACUAUACUCGCACUUUCAAAACAGUUUCGAUGUGCGCGGGCACAUUUGAAUUCGCAAAUUUCGUACGCCAUUUCAGACUCACAAGUGCGAAGAUUACGGUAGUUUUUUAAAGGCGCAGCACGAAAUUCUAGCCUCUUUUUUUGAUUCGCAAAUUCGAAGGCUGGGCUUCUGUGACUGAAAAUGAUGGAAAAACGCUGAAAAUCUGCCAAUUUCAGACGCGAAUAUUGUACGAAAUAACUCAAUGUUGUGGUCAAAUAGUGGGCACCAAUUCGGUCGAAUUAAUUGUUCAAAACGACGAAGGCGCAUUUUCGUGCCGAAAAACCGAAGAUGGAGAGCUCAAAUUGAAAAAGGUAACGGCUUUUUCAUCGAAUUUGAAGAAUACUCUUUUACAGGUCAAAAACUCGAAAUCUGCAAAUUAUAUUCAAACUAUUGUGAAUGCCGGAAAUCAAACUAUUGGUGAGAAGAGUUUUUUCUAGUUUUCAUCCAAUUUUCGCAGGUGAAAUCCAUUUCUACACUCAAUUGGAUCAAUCGGAAAAGGCGGUGGUGAACACGAUUUGCACGUGGGCGGCGGCGGCGAAUUACUUCUCCGAGGUACAGUAAUCCUGACUACAGUGAUCCCCAAUCCAUGCAAAUCCGUCGCUGACGUCAAAUGGAGAUGAGCACGGAUGAGCGGAUGAAGGGAAAAUGCUAUUUAGACGGGUUACGGUAGACAUUUAUGAAUGGUUUCAAAUCCAAAAUAAUAGUUCAUGCUACCUGAACCACUGGAACAUUUUCAGUUGUACACGCACAAAAACGAGGGUUCCGAGUCGGCGGAAAUCCAUGAGAAUAUUGCGAAACAACGCAAAUUGUCCAAUUUUUUGUUGGACGUCGCCAGGUCGAUUUUCCACGAUAUCGUCUCGAUGGAUGCGGUUAUCAUCAAAGUGAUGGUAGGCUUACAAAACGUUGCUACACUUGAAAAUGAGUUUUCUAGAAUUUCGCUCAAAAAUUGGUCGACGCCGAUCGGGCCUCUCUGUUUCUGGUGGACGCGAAAAAUAAGCAAAUAUACGCGCGGAUCUUCGACGUCGGCACCGGCGAUGAGGAACACGUGCGGGUGAACAGUGAGGGACAGAAGGAGAUCAGGUAAGAAGGAGGAGUCUCUCGUGAUCUAGCCUCCUAAACACUGUUACCAAUGCGGUUGGCGUUGACUGAAAAAUUGAACCGCGGGGACCUUAGAGAUGAAUUAAAUGAAUCGUAAGAGUGAAGAUCAUUGGUGCGAGUACUUGACUGAAAAUGUGUAGAACACUGAACUGAAUGAGCUCUAAUACCUAUAGCAGACCGAUCGUAACUUCCAAGUAAAACUGUUCAGAUUCGAUAUGGCAAAAGGAAUAGCCGGCCACGUGGCAUCGACUGGCGAAGGCCUGAACAUCGAAAACGCGUACGACGACGAGCGAUUCAAUGCGGACGUCGACUCGAAAACGGGCUACACGACCAAAACGAUAUUGUGCAUGCCGAUUCUCAUACGUGGCGUGUACGUUUUUUCUUUUUGUUGCAAAUCCAUGCAGUUUUGAGCGGUUAAGGUUAAACAGUAAAAGAGUUUCGAAACACUUUGAAACGGGAGAAAAACAUUGAAAUUUGCAGUGUGAUCGGAGUGGUGCAGAUGGUGAACAAACACGACGGAGUGUUCACUCGACAGGACGAAGACGCGUUCGAAAUAUUCGCAGUUUACUGCGGACUCGCACUUCAUCACGCAAAAUUGUACGACAAAAUAAGACGGUCCGAGCAAAAGUACCGGGUGGCGCUCGAAGUGCUCGCCUAUCACAGUGUGUGCAAUGCGGACGAGGUGAACAAAUUGAAGAAAAUUGAGAUCAACAAUCGGAUUGUCGAGCUGGAGACGUACGUUUGCAGAGAACAUUCUCUGAUGGGUGAAAUCUGAAACAACGUCAUUUAUCGAUUCGAAGCAUCUUUGCAGUUGUUCCGAAUUAUUUAUUGUUUCACAAAAAGUUUAAAAGUGUAAAGUUCUUGUUAGAUUAAUUUUUUUCGUGUUUAUUUUUCAGCGCGACUAUUCAAUUAAAUUUUUUGAAGUAAAUAAAACGAAAAAAAGGGAAAAAAUCAUUUUUUUUCACAUCCUGAAUAACCCCAAUAUGGUUUAAAAGUCUUUCAUUCGAAAAAUCAGUAUUUUUCAGAAUCGACUUCAACGGAAUGCGUCUCUCCGAACUCGAAAAACCGCUCUACGCCGUCUACAUGUUCAAAACGCUCUUUUCGGAUUAUUUGUGAGUUUUCAUUCAACGAUUAUCUCGAAAAUUGUUGCAGACGCUUCGACACGGACGAUCUGAUCCGGUUCGUUCUGACGGUCCGCAAGAAUUAUCGUCGCGUUGCCUAUCACAAUUGGGCGCACGGAUGGUCGGUGGCACACGCAAUGUUCGCCACGCUCAUGACCAGUCCGGAGGCGUUCACCAAAUUAGAGGUAUCGGGCAUUUUUUUAAAAUUAAAAUCAGCUUGUGCCGCACGGCGACCAAAAACGUAGAAAUGGGGGCGUGGCUUAGCGUGCACGGUUUAUCACCAUUUUGGCGCGAAAUUCGAAAUUUAACCCCAUUUAUCAUGUUUUUCGUCAAAUAUUACCCAAAUUUUGUACGAUUUCGACGAUGUAAUUGCAUAACUUUGUUAAACUAAUCAUCGCGCACUUUUUGAGCUUAGAACGAGCAGGUUUCAUUCAGAAAUGAAUCAAUUGAAUCGGUUUUCAAGUUUUGUGCUGAAAAUGCGCGAAUUUCAGUCAUUCGCCGAUACUUUUUGCCGUUUUAACGCUUAAAAUACUUGUAUUAACGUGUGCUUAAUCACUUCCGACACUCACCUCGUCUCAAAACUAUCCAGAUCGGCCGGUAUGAAAAUUCCGAAAUUGCGGCGGCGAUUGGCCGCGGAGAGCGUAUUGCGAAUGAUGCCAAAAACGUCUCAAACGCGGCGUUUUCACGAAAAUUUCAAUGUUUUCUCUCUUUAAUGUCUUCUUUCGUCGAUAUCAAACACAAAAAUAUCGGAAAAGUGCUGGAAUUGCGGCAAUUUUCAAAAAACGCGUUUCAGAUUAAGCCACGCCCCUUUCUAUUAUUUUGGUCGCCGUGUGCCGUUCGAUUCAGACCUGUUUGAUUGACGUUGACUGAGAAAUUGCAUAAUGAAAAAAACCGGAGGCGAGGGAGGAGCGAUUUGCGCGCCAAAAGAGAGAGACGCAGACGCGAAACUGGCUCAAAUCGCUUCUCUCUAGCCGACUGUUUUUCUUUCCGGUUGAACCACAAACUCGUCCAGGCCUGGUUCGAUUCAGAAUGACAAAAAAAACCCCCGAUAUAUCGGAAAAAACGUUUCCAGGCGCUCGCCCUGUACGUCUCCUGCCUCUGUCACGAUCUGGACCAUCGCGGAAAGAACAACGCGUACAUGAAGACGAUGUCGACGCCGCUGGCGGCGAUCUACAGUACAUCGGUGAUGGAGCGACACCAUUUCAAUCAGACGGUCACCAUUCUCCAGCAGGACGGUCACAAUAUUCUGAAGGCGUUGAGUUCGGAGGAGUACAAACAGACUCUCUCGCUCAUAAAACAUUGCAUUCUGGCCACUGAUCUCGCACUUUUCUUCUCGAAUAAAGCCAAAUUGAGUGCGAUUUUGGACACGGGCGAGUUUGAUAUCAAUCUGCCGGAGCACAGGUAUUUAGGGGGGUGUCUAAUCGUUUCGAAUACAAAAAACACAUCAAUUUUACAGACUGUUAACGCAGGCAGUAAUGAUGACCGGUUGUGACCUCGUCGCUUCUGCAAAGCCGUGGAACAUCCAGACGGAAACUGUCAAAGUGAUUUUCGAAGAGUUUUACGAUCAAGGAGACGCGGAGAGGCUGAGCGGAAAGGAUCCGAUCGCGAUGAUGGACAGACAUCAGGCGAACCAACUCCCCCAGAUGCAGGUACUAUAUUUUACAGAUUCAAAAAAUUUAAAAAAAAAGCCUUCUUGAAAAAAAAAAAUGUUUCAAUUCGAAGUGCCCUGAAAACAGUGUACCUUUGAAAAACGUUCACUCUCAAACAAAUUUUGAACCAAUUAAUUCCCGUAAUGGGGUUAUUCAGGCUGUGAAAAACAAAUUAUUUAUUUUUCCGUUUUUUUACGUCAGAAAACCCAAUUCAGCGAUGUAAAAAAACGAAAAACAAACAAACGCUGAAUAGCCCCAAAAAAAAAUAUGGUUGCAGGUUGGUUUCAUGCGUGGAAUCUGUAUGCCUUGCUACGAACUCAUCGCUCGAAUCUUCCCGAAAGUCGACAAAAUGAGAGAGCGAUGCGAGUGAGUUUCUAAAAAACCAGCACAAACUAAGAACCUCUGUUUUUGCAGAUACAACGCAAAAAAAUGGGAAGAGCUGGCUGAGGAGCAGAAGAAAAAACAGGAAAACGGCCAGAACAGUUCGUGA